GAACCCACUCCAGAAUGAAUCACAUGCUGCCAGUCAUUGCUGCUACCGUUUUGCUAACUGCUGCUACGCUUUCAUCGCUACAGACGUCAACAGAAGUGUCGAAAAGAUACGCCUGCGGUCGGUGUUUUUGUAAUACAAUUGGGAAACGUCUUGUAGCUAACUGCAUCUCGAGGAAUUUCUCCUCUGUCCCAGAUAUACCAAACUCUAGCCUGAUAAACGUACUGUUAAUAGAUUCCAACAAUUUGAGGGAGCUGGAUGCUGGAUGUUUUUCACAGUACCCUAAGCUCGACACACUGAGUUUGACCUACAACGUUAUAGAGACUAUACACGCUGGAGCAUUCCAGAACUUGCAGAAUCUUCAAAAUUUGAAUUUGACAGGAAAUAGGCUGAGAUAUUAUAACAGUAUUUUGAAAAAUAACACCUUCCAAUUUCUUCAUAACUUGAAGGUGUUAUCACUGAGCCGCAACGCUGAGAGUUACACAAACCAGACGUACCCUGAUACUGCGUUGUCCAGUCUUGCAUCGUUAGAACAUCUUUAUUUGGACGGUUUGACCAAUCAGAGUUUUGAAAAGGGAUUUUCCAAAAUGUCUUCUCUCAAAGAACUGAGCUUUAGAAAUGGAUAUUGCCAUCUCCAGAAUUUGUUCAACAAGACGUUUGUAAAUAUCAAGCAAGUAUCUCAUCUAGACUUGUCAAAUUGUGCCAUUGCACAUAUAGCAGCUGGGGCGUUUCUACCACUUAGAGAUUCCUUAACACAUUUAGAUAUUUCCUACAACAGGGAACUGGGGUUCGAUCAGGUUGGAAUUGGCGCUUUCGGGUGGCGAAACUCACGACUGCAAGUAUUGAAUAUUAGCGGCAUUGAAGCGAAAUAUGCCAUUUGCAUCAAAAUCAGAAAGAACCACUUAAAACACUACACAAAUACAAGCAUUGUAGAAAUAUAUGCAGAUGAAAACAGAAUAGAGUCAUUUGAAAAGGGAGCAUUGCAACUCUUACCCUCAAGUUUAAAAAAGGUGUCUUUGCAAAGGGAAAGGUUUGCAGCUGGCCUAUACCUGUACGAUCUGCACACAUUAGUGGGGCUAGAAGAAAUUGAUAUCAGUGGGCAAAAAGGAUCUCACAAAUUUCCUAAAUGGGAAGCUAGAACUCUAAUCACAAAGACCGACUGUCUCGCAGAUGACGAACCAUUAUGCAGUGAGUUUGUCGAGAACCAAUACAAGGUACAAACCAUGGAAGAUGUAUCAGGCAUGUCAGAUACGUCAAACUGUAAGAGACAUAUCAUUAGUCAUGUAUUUCUACCCCCAAAUCUGAAAACAAUUAAAAUGACAUUCAGGCAAAUGUCCUUCUGUAUUUCUGAACUGGUUAUACAUAAGAAUAAUUUAGCAGAGGUGGAUUUUUCACACAAUUUGCUUUCGACGUGGAUUGGGCCAAUCAAUGGACUACACAAACUUAAGAAACUGGAUCUUUCAAACAAUUUAGCUACUCAUGUCGAACCAAGCUUCUUUCGAAAUUUCCAAUCGCUUUCGGUUUUAAACAUCUCUUGGAAUCUUUUGAAUAACGUCAUAAUCCGGGACAGAGACGGAGGGUUAUUUAGUAAUAUGACAUCUUUGCAUGUUCUUGAUUUAAGUGGUAAUACCAUACAAAAAUUGCCACCCCAUUUGCUUGACGGUCUUUUAAAUUUACGAACAUUAGUUUUGUCCAGAAACUUUCUUUAUUCUGUGAAAGUGCAGGUGAAACAUAUGAAACACCUCAAGAGAAUAGACUUGUCAUAUAAUAUGUUACGCUGGCUCUCACGGGGUUUUAUAUCAGACCUUGAUGCCAUCGCUGACGCCGGAACUCACACAGUACAUAUGGAUCUAAGUUACAAUCCCAUUUCGUGCGAAUGUGCUAAUCUACGUUUCCUGACAUGGAUGCGCAAUUCAAAAGUAAAACAACGCUACCAAAGAAAACGAUAUUAUUGUCUUGACGAGCACGGAAAGAACUUCAGCUUGGCUCAUCUUGAUACAGUUCUAAAGUCGUUAAAAGAUUCGUGUACGAGCAAUUUCGGUUUAACAUCAGGUAUCUCAGCAAUUGUCGUAUUCGUCCUGAUCAUCGUCAUCGGUGGGUUUGCCUACAGGUAUCGCUGGAAGAUUAGAUAUUGGUAUUACGAAGCCAGGUUAGAUUACAAACAUAUUAAUUCCGAUGAGGCACUGGGCAAUUACCAAUACGACGCGUUUGUAUCAUUUGCCCCAGAAGAUGAACAAUUCUUUCGUAAUGAGAUGCUGUCUAACACACAAGGAAAGAGUCUGGUUACUCGGGAUGCAAUCCGGUCUUCAGAACAGCCUUUAAAUAAAACGGGUACUUUGAUUGAGCAGAGUAGAAAGACCGUGCUGCUGUUGUCAGAACACUUUCUGGAAGACGAGAUGUGUAGUCAAGAUUUACAGGCGGCACUUCCCGAACAUCUGAACGCCAAGCGAGAUCUCAUUCUGAUGAUCUUGUUAGAAGGUAUGCCACGAGAGAAGAUUCCAGAUGAAAUUAAACAUUUACUGCAGACAGAUUCUUACAUUGAGUAUCACGAGAAUAAUAAGGCUACAUUUUGGCAGCGAUUCAAUAAGGCUAUUUCACCUAGAGAAGUUCCAUAAACGUAUAAAUGCAUAUAUGUAUACAAGUAGCUAGAAGUCUUCAUGUGAGCCAGUUCGUCAACCAACGGCUGCAAGUAUGUUUCUAUACCACUGUCAGAGCGAAUGAUCGCGGUGAGGUGGUUAUUAUAACGUUCCAAUCCAGACAUUUUGACAACGAUUUAAUAAGGCUAUUUCAACAAGAGAAAUUAAAUAAACUACCGGGUAUAACAGAUAAAAGAAAGGGAUCGAAGAGAAUAUAUUUUCUUACAGAUCCGUGUAAAAGAUGACCCGUGGUAAAUGUAUCAUCUUCAACAUAACACGUGGAAGGUAACUAUUGAAACUUGUGAUUGGUUGCUCCACGGUGAUCACCCGAUCACCAGAGCCAAACCAUCCAAUGAUAUAAGGACGUCUGAAAUUGAUUGUUCUGUGACGUGUGAGUUCACUUGCAACUGAUUACAGUAUGACGCGCAAAUUUGACAUAAAACAACUGCCCCAAGUUCAGCCAGCGAAUGUGUCGCUAACGUUCGCGAACUAUUUCAGUGGUUUCCGAAAUGGUAAAUAGGUUUACUAUGUAGCGUACAAAUCAGCCUAGCGAACGUUAGCGACAAGCGGUUCACUGAACUUACGCCUGGUUUUUGAGUAUCUGUAAAAAAAAAAAAUUAGAUUACUACAUUUUCUUACACACCCGUUGGUGAGAACACCAUGCGUUAUUUUUGAUAACACACGGUUGUUUACACAUGUACGUGUGUUAACAAUUUCAAGA